AUGGCAUCCGUAGACGGAUCGUUGGGCAACAACGCCGGCGGAGGAAAGGUGAGGAGCGACAUGAGUGAUGUUCCAGAAGGCUUCGUGCUCCCCUCUGGAGAUGCCCAGAAAGGCCACAAGCUCUUCAAGAAGCACUGCGCGCAGUGCCACUCUGUCUUCCCCGACAACCGAACAGACUCUGGCACCGUCUACGGCCCCACGCUCUUCAACAUCUACGGCCGAGCCAGCGGCGAGGCUGAGAUCGCACAGAAGAACAUCAUGGGAGGAAGAGCGAAAG